AUGCUCCGGCAGUGGCAGCUGCAGCAGCAGUGGUCGCAGCAUGAUGAGGGCAUUGGCAGUGCUUAUCGAGCUUCUCGGCUGGAUCCUGGUUAUGAGCCUCGGGGGUAUCCCAGAGCCCGUGUCGAUCAAGCUACUUGGUGGAAUCCUGUUCCUGAGCCGGGGGGGCAUCCCAGAGGAGGAGUAAAACCAUUCCCGAGCCAGGGCAGCCGGGAGGCCGAGCUGCACCUCUCCGUCUCGCAGGUGACACAGGUCAGCGGGCUGCUGCAGAGCGUCUGGAAGGCCGAGCCCGACACGCUGCUGCCCUCCCUGCAGGAACUCUUCGCUGUCAUCUCCACCGCCGACGCUGUCUGCACACCUGCGUGGUCAAGGGAGGCAGCAGCUGCUGAGAGGGAGCGGGAGCAGCGGCUCCUGGCCGAACGGCUGCACUCCAAAUGGGAGCAGCAGCAGGCACGGGAGCUCCAGCGGCUGCGGGAGCUGAACCAGCGGCAGCGGGCGGCGCAGAUCCGCCAGCUGCUGCGCUCAAAGGAGGCUGAGCUGCGCGAGGUGCAGGGGAUGCUGCAGCAGCAGCGUGGCGACGCCAUCCGUCAGGCAUGGGACCUGCAGCAGCAGCUGGCCAAGGAGGUGGUGAGAGGAGCCUGGAGCAGCAGCCGGGCCUGCGUGAAGCUCCAGGACAUCCUCGGCAAGCUGCGCUGGGACACCAAUGGCGAGCAGGCUGCCCGCAUCCUCCGCCUGCAAGACGAACUGCUGCAACAGAGGAGACUCUUCCAAACUUACAUCUUGGAGCAGUUCAAGGACCAGCAGCCUGCUUCCUGCAAGGAGGCCAGGGCUAAGGCUACGAACUGGCAGCGCCUGCAGACCCUCCUGGGCACUGGGACCAUCGGGCCCUGCUCUUUGGAGAGCCUCACAGCAUCUCCCUCCUGCCAUGCUGGCCUCCAGGAGGAAGGGAGCGGCGUGGAGGUUUUGCUCGAGGCUGUGGGGCAAGACUUGGCGCCGCACAGCUUGCGCUCCCCGCCACAAGGAAGUGCCGGCAGCGGGCGGUCUGUGGCAGAGGUGGGCGUUCAGACCGAAUCAGAGAAUCAGGAGGACUGGCUGCUUGGGAGCAGUCACAGCAGGCUGCUGGAGCAGAACGCCUGCCUCCAGAGCGCCCUGAAAGACCUGGAGAGGCGGUGCCGUGCCCUUCAAGAGGAGAACUGUCUUCUGAGGAAGGGAAGCUCUCCUGAAGUGCGGGAGGAGGUGGAGAAGCUCCAGCAGAAGAGUGCUAAGCUGCGUCUCCUUAGCAAGCAGCUGCAGGAGCGAGCCAGGAAACUGCAGAGCAUCCAUCAGCUGAUCAAUGCUCGAGGCAGCCGGGAGGCCGAGCUGCGCCUCUCCGUCUCGCAGGUGACACAGGUCAGCGGGCUGCUGCGGAGCGUCUGGAAGGCCGAGCCUGACACGCUGCUGCCCUCCCUGCAGGAACUCUUCGCUGUCAUCUCCACCGCCGAUCCUUCAUUCGAACCUUCUGUUGCACUGGCAAGUCUUGUGCAGCACAGACCAUUACAGAUGAUUGCAGUUCUCAUCAGGAGCCUGACUACAGAUCCAAAUGUGAAAGAUGCAAGUAUGACUCAAGCUCUGUGCAGAAUGAUUGCCUGGUUGUCUUGGCCUCUGGCUUAGCAUGUGGAAACACAGGUGAUUGCACUGCUGAAAGGCCUGGCUGCAGUCCAGACAUUUACCAUCCUCAUUGAUGUUACUCUGCUUACGAUUGAAUUGGUCUUUAAUCGACUUUGGUUUCCUCUAGCGAGGCCUGGUGCCCUUGCUGUCCUUUCCCACAUGUUGCUUAGUUUUCAGCAUUCUGCAGAAGCUUUUCAUUUGAUUGUCCCACAUGUGGUCCGUUUGGUUCACUCAUUCAAGAGAGAUGGCUCACCUUCCAGUACAGCCUUUUUGAUACAAUUGACUGAGUUGAUCCAUUGUAUGAUUUAUCAUUAUUCAGGAUUUCCAGAGCUCUGUGAAUCCAUUUUGGAAGCUGUUAAGGACAUGCCCAGGCCCACUGAAGAACAGAUUAAGGUGGCUCUCAAUCAGAGCGCAUGGACGUCACAGUCCAGCUCUUCGCCAUCUUGUUCAUCUAGACCUUCUGGGAAAUCGGAAACUGGGAAGACAGGUCUAAUUGACCUAGGAAAUACUUGCUACAUGAACAGUGUUCUUCAGGCACUCUUUAUGGCUACAGAUUUCAGAAGACAUGUUUGAUCUCUGCAACUACAUGGAUGUAACUUACUAGUGGCAAAACUACAGCAUCUUUUUGCAUUUUUGGCCCAUACCCAGAGAGAGGCGGCAUAUGCUCCUAGAAUUUUCUUUGAGGCUUCCCGACCACCAUGGUUCAGCCCUCGAUCCCAGCAGGAUUGCUCAGAAUAUCUCAAAUUCCUGCUAGACAGGCUGCAUGAAGAAGAGAAAACCUUGAAAACUUUGUCUUCAGCAAAGACUUCUGAAAGUAAACCCAAUGCAAAGUCCCAGAAACAAGAAGCUGUCAAUAAGGCAAAAGUAUUUGCUGAAGCAUCUGGUAAGGGAAGUGAAGAAAGAACUCUGAUCGAGAAGAUGUUUGGAGGAAAAGUGAAGACUACUGUACGCCGUCUGAAGUGCAAAAGUGUGUCUCCAUAGGAAGAAGCUUUCACAGAUCUCUCUCUGGCUUUCUGUCCUGGAACUACUGAAGGGAAAGGCGACAACGUGGUGCAAACUCAGACCUCACCGAUGAGUCCUGCUGGGAAAAAACCUCUCAAGUUGGAAGCAAAUGGUGGAUGUGACCCAAGAACAAAGAAAGGAACCACAAAGGAUUUUUCUGCUGAGCCAAAGUCUGAGAAGACUACAAAUUCUGAACACAACAAAGGUCAAGGUAAGAAGAAAAUGCCUCAGAGGGUAGUAGGUGAAAACCCUCUGUCAGCUACAGAUUUACUGCAUUAUUUUCUGGCGCCUGAGAUCCUCAGUGGUGACAACAAGUAUUACUGUGAAAAGUGUGCCUCUCUACAGAAUGCUGAGAAAACUAUGCAAAUCAUUGAGGAACCUGAAUACCUCAUUCUCACUCUUUUGAGAUUUUCCUAUGAUCCAAAGUGUCACGUAAGGCGCAAAGUCUUAGCUAAUGUGUCUCUGCCACUUGGUUUGAAACUACCAGUCCAAAGAGUAGCAUCCUCUCCAGGUGUAGUUUCAAGAGGUUGGUCUGUUGGUGUCGAGGUGUCUGAUAUUGGAGAAAAUAUUGCUAAAAAACUAAAGCCCUCAGGUGCUGAUGAAGUGACUCGCCCACGAUUGGAGCCCUGUUUGUUAAGCUCCGUGGUGAUGCAUUCUGGUGUAUCCUCUGGAAGUGGACAUUACUCUUCAUAUGCUAGAAAUGUUCCUGGGUCAGGGCCUUCAGGACCCUGCCAGCAGUCUACAGGUGAUUCUUUAGUUUCUCCUCAGGCUCAGUUGUUGACAGGGGAGAGUCGUCCUACUGUUGUAGAAAGUGACACUGAUAAGUCAAGAGAAUGGUUUCUGUUCAAUGACAGCAGAGUGACAUUUCCCUCAUUUCAGUCAGUCCAGAAAAUGACCAGUAGAUUUCCAAAGGACACUGCUUAUGUUCUGUUCUACAAAAAACGAAAUAGCACCCGUGGCUUCAAUUCGGCAAACGGAGACCCUCCCCUCCAGAAAGACCUCGUGGAUGCAAUUAUGAAAGAUAACAAACGAUACUUGCGGGGUGACCUAGCAGAGAUGUACCCUGCGCUGAAGAGUGUCCUGCAGGAAGGUGACAGACGAUUACAGGGCAACGCUGUGACCUGCCUGACAGCAAAGGUGCCCAGUGGCCGCAGAGCAGCCCAGGGUGUGAAGGUGGAUGCCGGUCUUGUCCUGUUGGCUCUGUCCCACUCCCACGUCAAAGUUGUGAUGUCUGAGAUCUGGGGCCACCUGAAGACUCUGGCAGAGAUCUCCAGGGAGUUUGUGUUCCAUGUUUUGAUAUCUUGGGGCUACAAAGUGCUGGGGUUCUGGGAUGCUAAGGCUACAGUUGGCUAG